UCUCACCACCUCGUUUGGGUCAGUGUGAAGAGUUCCUCUUGCAUCGAGCGCUUCUUCUCGGAUUGAAGGGAUUCGGUCCGACAGCGUGACAUUGGCGACGCGGUGCGCUCACCAGACUGGCGGGCUGCUGCUCGGGCACCAUGGAGGAGAAAGCGAAGGGUGACAGCGCCAAUGAGCCAGACGCGACCUCUACAUCUUAUCAGCGGAGGAUGUGGAAGAAUUUCCAGGAUCGGACUAAACCGUUGUUCCUGAGCACGAAACCGGGUUCGGAAAGACGCGGCGCGGACGCGAAGAAAGAGAGCGGCUUGUGGAUGUUCAAGCGGAAAAAGAAACCGGUUUUGGACCGAAUCUUCUCGUCGUCUCAGCCCAACCUGAGCAGCUCGAGUCCGGCGUCUCUCCAGGGCGACCAAACGGAACCGGUUUGCGGUGCGGGGAAGACGCCGCUCUCUUCGAGGGAUAAAGCGGGUGCAAUGGCACACAUGUAUCCCCAUGAGGUGUCGGUUUCGGCCCACAGCAGCCCGCGGCUCGGCGUGGCUCAUUUAACCGCGUCUCAACCCAAGAGCUCGUCUUUGGGUUCGGCGUAUUUCGAGACGCUCGUCCUGGACUCGACAACCGCUUCCGGUCGGGACGAAAUGAGCAAAAAUGACAGCGAGCCGGGCAUCAACACUGUAGAGCCGAGUAAUGCAGAUCCGCCUGCUCUUAUCAGCCCCGGGAUGUACCAACUGGACAUCGUGUUAAAGAAAGGCAUUAAUCUUGCCAUUAGGGACAGAGGAGGCACCAGCGACCCUUAUGUGAAGUUCAAGAUCACAGGGAAGGAGGUUUUCCGCAGUAAGACCAUUCACAAGAACCUGAACCCGAUAUGGGAUGAGAAAGUGACCCUGCUGGUGGAUAAUUUAAAAGAACCCCUAUAUGUUAAGGUCUUUGACUACGACUUUGGCCUGCAGGAUGAUUUCAUGGGCUCUGCAUAUCUUCAUCUGGAGUCUCUGGAACAACAUAGAUCCCUGGAGGUAACUCUUGAGCUGAAGGACCCUCACUAUCCUGACCAUGACCUGGGCUCUCUGGAAUUGGUGGUCACUCUUACUCCUAAGGAAGGAGACUUUCGGGAAGCUACCAUGCUUUUGAGAAGGAGCUGGAAAAGAUCCAGUAAGUACCAGAGUCUAAGGUUAUCAGAUGUCCACAGGAAAGCCCAGCUGUGGAGAGGAAUUGUCAGCAUUAGUUUAAUCGAGGGUCGUAACCUCCAGCCAAUGGACACUAACGGCUUGAGUGACCCGUAUGUCAAAUUCAGAAUGGGACACCAGAAGUACAAAAGCAAGAUAAUACACAAAUCGUUGAACCCUCAGUGGAGAGAACAGUUUGAUUUUCAUUUGUACGAUGAAGGAGGUGGCGUUAUAGAUGUCACUGUGUGGGACAGAGACGCCGGCAAGAGAGAUGACUUCAUGGGCAGGUGUCAAGUGGACCUCUCUCUCCUAUCUAAGGAGUGCACACACAAGCUGGACCUGCAAUUGGAGGAGGGCGAGGGCAUGCUGGUGCUACUGGUCACCCUCACUGCUUCAGCCGCCGUCUCCAUCUCAGACCUUUCUGUCAACAUGCUCGACGACCCGCACGAGAGGAGAGAUAUUCUUCACAGAUAUAGUCUGCUGAGAUCCUUUAACAACAUUAAAGACGUCGGUUUAGUGCAGGUGAAAGUCAUCCGGGCAGAGGGACUGAUGGCAGCUGAUGUUACAGGCAAGAGUGACCCUUUCUGUGUUGUGGAGCUCAGCAAUGAUCGUUUACAGACACACACUGUGUACAAGAACCUCAACCCGGAAUGGAAUAAAGUCUUCACAUUCAAUGUGAAAGACAUCCACUCCGUGCUGGAGGUUACAGUGUAUGACGAAGAUCGAGACCGAAGCGCCGACUUCCUGGGCAAAGUUGCAAUUCCACUGUUAAGUAUCCAAAAUGGUGAACGGAAAGCUUACGCCUUGAAAAGCAAGGAGCUGACAGGGCCAACAAAAGGGGUCAUCUUUCUCGAAAUAGACGUGAUUUAUAAUGCUGUUAAAGCAGGACUAAGGACGCUGAUACCCAUCGAGCAGAAAUAUAUCGAAGAAGAAUCUCGAGUUUCCAAACAGUUGCUACUUCAGAAUUUUAACCGAAUGCGGCGCUGCAUCAUGUUCCUCAUUAACACUGGCUGCUACAUCAACAGCUGCUUCGAGUGGGAGUCUCCUCAGAGAAGCAUCUGUGCCUUUUUUCUCUUCAUAGUAGUGGUGUGGAACUUUGAGCUCUACAUGAUCCCACUGGCUCUUCUGCUCCUGUUGGCCUGGAAUUACAUCCUCAUAGCUUCGGGAAAGGACAGCAGACAGGGAGACGUGCAAGCAGUGGAGGAUCUGUUGGAGGGUGAAGAUGAGGACUUUGACAGAGAUGACAAGGUGCCGGGCUCUGCCCCUUCCCAUGAUGACCGUCUGCCCGGAAGCCAUAUCCUUGAGGAUAUUGUGGCUUCCUGGCAUUUUGAAUGGAUUCGAGUGAUGGUGGACUCGGAGAGAAAAGGAUUCAUAAACAAGUUAUAUGCCAUUCAGGAUGUUUGCAUCAGUGUGCAAAAUGCGCUGGAUGAAGUGGCCUCCUACGGAGAGAGAAUAAAAAAUACUUUCAAUUGGACUGUGCCUUUUCUGAGCUGGCUGGCCAUCGUGGCACUGUGUGUAGCCACUAUUAUAGUUUACUUCAUUCCUCUCAGAUACAUUGUCCUGGCCUGGGGGGUGAAUAAAUUCACGAAGAAGCUGCGAGACCCAUACACCAUCGACAACAACGAGCUGCUGGACUUCCUCUCCAGAGUGCCCUCCGAUGUGCAAGUGGUGCAGUACCGAGAGCUGAAACUGGAUCCAAGUCACAGCCCAAAUAAGAGAAAGAAAAAUAACCCAGGAUAGCUCUUUUCCUUCUCCCAUGGACUCGGACUUAGCAUGCCAAGGACCGGCACUGAUUUGGACCGGCUAGGUGUUCUUCCCCUAAUUUCUAUUUUUAUUUCUCUCUCUCUCUCUCUCUCUCUCUCUCUCUCUCUCUCUCUCUCUCUCUUAUAUCCUCUGUUUCUUGACAGAGGAGCACAAAUGGUGAAUGUGAAACUAGAGGAGCACUUUUAAUUAUUACCAUGAGGGUUUGCGCCAUACUUGUUUACUUUUAGUGAAGAGGAGAGUGUGAAAAACUCUUGACCCCUUUUAGAGUCGUACGGCAGGAGCUAUUUGUCACUGGCUGGCAUCAGGCAGAUGGCUCUAAAAGCCAAGGUGUCCUUCCAGCGCAGCAGAGGGAGACCAGAGACAGCGAAUGGCUUCAACCACAAAUAGCAGGAUCAGCUGAUAAUACCGCCAGCCACAGCGGCACAUCACGUCUCGGAAGGAAAAUAUGAUGGUUAGGUUGCAGUUCGCACCCUGUAAUUUCCACAACGUGGUAAGGUUGCGCGCUGUAACCCGACGUCCUCCAGAGCAGUUAUUAGAGUUGUCAGCUAAGCCUCUUUACAGUUCGAUUUAUAGCUGCAACUAAAGUGUUUGGGGCAGGAAGAAAAAAAAAAACUGCCUGGCUCAAGAGCCAGUAUUUAUUCAUCUGGGAUAUUUGUUUUAGGUAAUCAGGUUAUUUUAAGGGUAUGAAUGAUGCAUGCUUGGUGUAUUUGCGGUAAAAAGAAUUAUAAUAAAAGACUGGCAUGUUUACAGGAGCCAUAUUAGUUUUGGUGACAAAUUCCAUUUCGGUUGCUAAACACUAGCCCACACGAAAUCUUUCUCCUGCUUCUUUCGAUCCGUGCUGCAGUGUGUCCAGGUCUCCACGAGGUGCCACCCUGCUAAUAUGGAUGUCACUGUGGGUGGGCGGAAUGGAGGGUGUGUAGCGGGUGUGCGGCAUGCUAAUCAAGUUACAAAGGCAUCUCUUUUCCACGGUUAACUGUAGAUUCAGUUUCCAAAAAAAAAAAAAAAAAAAAAAACGAUGACAGGCAGCCAAACUGAGAGGGCGGCUUUGUGGGUGUCUUCAUUGUAGGGAAUAGCUUUCUUGAAAAUGUCAAUAGUGUGUGACAAGUAGCUUGAGGGACUUGGCAGGGGUGCGGCGCAGGGCAGGAGUUUACCACCGUUGCUGUGGAGGGAAGAGGACCAAGAGGGCGUAGCAUGCCCUUUUUUUUUUCUGAACCUCUUUCUGAAUUUGGCACGCCAUACUUUUUCGUCUCCUUCAUCCACUGGGUUGAGAGAGAGGUCAUGGCUCGGCCUGUAGGGAUCCUCCUGAGGGAUCGCUGCUGAGCAAGUGUUGAAAGAUCACAGCACCAUCAGAGGAGGCUUCUAUUCAGCUUUGGUCCUUCCAUAAGGAGUUUAAAAAGAAAAAAGAAAAAAAAAAAGAAAAGAAAAAGUAAAAACACUCCCUUAUAGCUGCUUUUCUAUAAGCACAUCUGUCAUAUGGAAAGCUCAUUGAUUUGUUUGAAAGCAUAUCCUUACAAAGACAACACACUCCCCAUUGACCAAGACACUGAUGGCACCGAAGUGAUCUCCAUUAAAUAAAAAAAAAGGACUAUUCUUAAGGAAAAUUUUGGAAACUGCUGAAAGGGACACUUUUUUUUUCUGAAUGUCUACGUGUUGUUCAACUUUCUUUUCAUCGUUCAGUAGAUCGUAUCGUGUGGCUCGUGAAUCUCCACAUCCUCGGAUUAUUUUUCUUUUCUACAAACGCAUAUGUUACGUUCGCAAGCAAACCAAAGUGGAACUUUUUAAUGGCCAUCAAUGUAGAAUGUCACAAAGGGAAAAAUGGUUACAGGACUUUUUAUUUGCACUGAUAUUUUUAAAAUCUGUUUAGGAUUUGGUUUUUAAUUCAUGUAAAUAUAUAUAUAUAAAUAUAUUAUAUGCUUUUAAAUGGUAAGAGGUUUAUGAUGUAUAGCUAUAAAUGUGUCAGCUAUCUGCGCCUGUUCCAUCAUCAUUAAGCUCCGGGUGGUUGAAUGGUUGGAGGUGCGAAUAAAUGCAGGUUCGGGUAGAAUGGGAGAGCACUGCUAAAUAAUUUCAGUGAAUGCCUCAGAUGAAUGUUGAUUCAUUUAAAAAAAAAAAAAAAAAAGAUA